AAUGCUGCUUUUCUGUUUGUGUUUUUGCAGUAGUUUCCAUUUCACGCGGCACGGCGCUGUGUUCAGGUUCCUGUUUGUCACUGCUGCAGUGCCUCUGGUUCCAAAUGAGGCGAUGACUGGUCCCUACUGCCUCCUGCUGGCUGUGGCUGGGCUGCUGCUGGCGACGACAGCCCAAGCCCUGGAGUGCCCCAAGAUCAAAGUGAGCACCUGUCAGGACUGCAUCCAGUCUGGCCCCGGCUGCGCGUGGUGCAAGAAACUGAAUUUCACCAAGGCGGGCGAGCCAGACUCCAUUCGCUGUGACACCAGAGAGCAGCUGCAGCAGAGGGGAUGUGACACCCAAGACAUCGUGUUCCCAGAGAGCAAUUCCAUCGCCUCCCAGAAAGACAGUCUGGACAGCAAGACCCAGCUCAGGCCUCAGGCAGUGCAGCUGAAGCUCCGGCCAGGUCAGCCGGCUGUGUUCAAUGUGACCUUUCGCCGUGCCGAGGGCUACCCGAUCGACCUCUACUAUCUGAUGGACCUCUCCUACUCCAUGCACGACGACCUGGAGAAAGUGAAGAAGCUGGGGGGGGACCUGCUCUCGGUUCUGAACAGCAUCACCAGCUCCGGCCAGAUCGGCUUUGGCUCCUUUGUGGACAAGACGGUGCUGCCCUUUGUGAACACGCACCCCGAGAAGCUGAAGAACCCCUGCCCAAACAAGGCCGCCUCCUGCCAGCCGCCCUUCGCCUUCCGGCACGUCCUGUCCCUCACCAACGACGCCAAGUUGUUCGAGAGGGAGGUCAAUAAACAGGCCAUCUCCGGGAACCUCGAUGCCCCCGAAGGGGGGCUGGACGCCAUGAUGCAGGUGGCAGUUUGUGGGGACAGGAUCGGCUGGGGCAACGUCACUCGCCUGCUGGUCUAUGCCACUGAUGACGGGUUCCAUUUUGCUGGGGACGGUAAACUCGGAGCCAUCCUGACCCCCAGCGACGGGGAAUGCCACCUGGAGGAGAACAUGUACAAAAAGAGCAAUGACUUUGACUACCCGUCCGUCGGCCAGCUGGUACAGAAGCUUGCGGAAAACAACAUCCAGCCCAUCUUUGCUGUCACUAGCAGAAUGGUUGAGACAUACCGAAAGCUCAGCGACAUGAUCCCCAAAUCAGCAGUGGGGGUGCUGAACGAGGAUUCCAGCAACGUCGUCCAACUCAUCAGGGAAGCCUACAAUAGCUUGUCCUCCAAAAUCAUCCUGGACCACGGCACUUUGCCAGAUGUUUUGAAAAUCACGUACGAUUCUUUCUGCCUUGGCAAAAAGCCCACCCUGGAUGGCGCAAGAGGGGAAUGCAGUGAUGUCAAGAUCAACAACAAAAUCACUUUCCAAGUGAAAGUUACAGCCAAGGAGUGCAUCCAAGACCAGUCCUUCGUCAUCCGGCCCCUGGGCUUCACAGACCGGCCCCCGGGGCGCCUCCCCAGCCAGUGCAAAUGUGCGUGUGACGAGCGCCCCAACCCCGCUGCCUGCAACGGGAAAGGCGACGUCUUUUGUGGCACCUGCAGGUGCAAAACUGGCUACACUGGGAAGAACUGUGAGUGUGAGACGAAAGGGAAAAGCAACAAGGAGCUGGAAGGGAGCUGCCGGAAGGACAAUGCCUCGGUGAUCUGUUCCGGCCUGGGGGACUGUGUGUGUGGGCAAUGCACCUGCCACACCAGCGACACGCCCCACAAGCAGAUCUACGGGACCUACUGCGAGUGCGACAACGUGAACUGCGAGCUCCACAACGGCCAGUUGUGCGGCGGCACAGGGCUAAAGGGCCCUGGGAGAGUCUGUUGCGGCGGCCGUGGGACAUGCCGGUGCAACAUCUGCCAGUGCUUGCCGGGCUACCAGCCCCCGUUUUGCCAGGAGUGCCCGGGCUGCCCGUCCCCCUGCGCCCAGUACAUCUCCUGUGCCGAGUGCAGGGCCUUUGGGAGCGGCCCCUUUCAGAAGAACUGCUCCGCUGCCUGCCCCAACAUCCAGGUGAACAGCGCCCUGGGGAGUGGCCGGCAGUGCCGGGAGAAAGACUCGGAGAACUGCUGGAUUUCCUACAUCAUGAACCAGGAGGACGGAGAGGGGAAAUACACCAUUAAAGUGGAUGAGAAGAGAGAGUGUCCGCAGCCCCCCAACAUCGUCGCCAUCGUGGGUGGCACCAUCGCUGGCGUGGCCCUGAUCGGGCUGCUGCUGCUGGUGAUGUGGCGGCUGGUGAUGGAGGCGCUCGACCGCAGGGAAUACCGCCGCUUUGAGAAGGAGAAGUCCAAGGCCAAGUGGAAUGACGCGGAUAACCCCCUUUUCCAGAGUGCUACCACCACAGUCAUGAACCCCCGCUUCGGCGGAGAUUGAGCAGCGCCGCCCUACUCGACUGCGAAACAGGAACGACCCAGCCACGGGCACCAGCCUCUCACUCGCUAAGCCAAGAUCUGCUGCUCUGCUCCCCGCUUCCACGGCCCCAGGGCGGAGCAGGCUCAUGUGCCCCUCCUGAAUCUCUCCCCUCCGCCUGGCCAGGGCUGUGGGGCGCAGGGACUCCUGAG